GUGGCGGUGAAAGUCAUUGACAAGAAAAGAGCCAAGAAGGACACCUAUGUCACCAAGAACCUGCGGCGGGAAGGGCAGAUCCAGCAGAUGAUCCGCCACCCGAACAUUGCUCAGCUCCUGGAUAUCCUGGAGACCGAGAACAGCUACUACCUGGUCAUGGAGCUGUGCCCUGGGGGCAACCUGAUGCACAAGAUCUACGAGAAGAAGAGGCUGGAGGAGCACGAGGCGCGCAAAUACAUCCGGCAGCUCAUCCUGGCGGUGGAGCAUCUCCACAGGGCGGGGGUGGUCCACAGAGACUUGAAGAUAGAAAAUCUGUUGCUGGAUGAAGACAACAAUAUCAAGCUCAUUGACUUUGGAUUGAGCAACUGUGCAGGCAUCCUGGGUUAUUCUGAUCCCUUCAGCACCCAGUGUGGGAGCCCAGCAUAUGCAGCCCCUGAACUUCUGGCAAGGAAGAAAUACGGGCCCAAAAUAGACGUUUGGUCCAUUGGGGUGAACAUGUAUGCCAUGUUGACUGGAACCUUGCCUUUCACCGUGGAGCCCUUCAGCUUGAGAGCCUUGUACCAGAAAAUGGUGGACAAAGAGAUGAACCCUUUCCCCACCCAGCUCUCUUCAGCUGCCAUCAACUUCCUACGGUCUCUGCUGGAGCCAGACCCCGCAAAGAGACCAAACAUCCAGCAGGCCCUGGCAAAUCGAUGGCUCAACGAGAACUACCCUGGAAGAGCACCACCCAACGUCACCUACCCAAACAGGAUUCACCUGGAGGACCUCAGCCAGAGUGUCCUGCUCCACAUGACCGAGAAGCUGGGCUACAAGAACAGCGAUGUCAUCAACACCGUGCUCUCCAACAGGGCCAGCCACACGCUCGCCAUCUACUUCCUGCUCAAUAAGAAGCUGGAGCGGUACCUGGCCAGCCUGAGGAAGGCCGAAGGCCAGGACAGUGUUUGCCACAAGAACCAGCUCUACCAGAUAGAAAAAUACAAGGCAAAUAAAGACUCCUAUGAGAUCCAGAACACCAAGGCUCUGCUGAAGGACCGGAAAGGCGCCAAGGCCGGGGGUCCCGAGAAAGACUCCAGCGGGGGGGUGAGCCCUUUCCACGAGCCCCUGGCGACCAAGGCAGGCUGCGUCACUUCCAGCUCCCUGGAGUACCUCGAGGUCCAGCAGCCGCCCCCCAGGACCCCUCGGCUCCUCAAGAGGCAGGAAUCCCCCCCGCAGCAGGAGCCGGCCCGGAGCGGGGGCCGAGCCAAGGACUCCCCCCUCAUCCUCAACAUCGUGCACUCCUUCGAGUCGGUUGACAGAGACGACCAAAUAGACCAGGUUUCCCCCUCUCACCAGUACAGGAUUUUAGGCUCCCCGAUGAAUUUCCCCUACAAAAGCUCCAGUGAAAGGACACUGUCCCCGCUCUUCCCCCCGGGGAGCACGUCCCCCGUCCACCCCACCCAGGUGUCUUUCACCUACGAAGAGAAAGCGUAUCCGGCGAAGGAAGAGGCCGUGUCCCCCACCCAGCUGGUGCCCAGCAACCCCCUGGGCAGCCCCAACUGCGUGAAAAGCAGGGGCAGGUUCCCCAUGAUGGGGAUCGGACAGAUGCUGAGGAAGAGGAGCCAGACGAUGCAGUCGGCCGGCGAGAAGCCGCUGGAGGCCAGGAUGCCUCAGCUGCAGCAGAUGAGCCCCACCCAGAUCUCCUUCAGCACAGCAGAUGCUGUCAGCGGCCAGUGCUAGCCUGACACCCUGGGAUUGAUUUGCUCUGCUCUGCUCUGGGAUCUCACCUUUUUUUCCACUUUAACCAAGAAGGGAAAGCCACGGGCAUGUUACUGUCGCUGCGGAUCAAUCACACCUCAGUGCUCCAGCGCGGGAAACAGGAGGUUUGCUCGUGAGGGAGGCGUUGUCCUGCAUAUUGAAGUCGAAAGGGAAGGGCUCUGCUCGUGCUGUUAAGAAAUAUUAGCACCUGGCACCUGACUGUACAGCGAAACAUGUCCUGGAAGGGCCAGGUGAACGUGUACUUUCACUGCUCUCACCUGGCGCUGCAGCGGGGCUGGGUGGAGGCGGCAAGGGUUUGGUUCCUCAAGGUGAUGUGUGUGGUG